CCCAUGGGAUCAGAGCAGGUGGAAAUGCGCAAAAGGCAGACCUCUGCAUCUCAGGAGAUACCAAGCUCUCUACUUGCCCAGUCUGGGGUAGAGACUCAAGGCUCCAAUCCCUGUUGCUUCUGCUGGUGCUGCUGUUGCAGUUGUUCCUGUCUUACUGUUAGGAAUCAAGAUGAAAGAGCAGCAGCACAUGAAAUUGGAUCAGAAAUGAUUCCAUACUGUGAACAAAGCUCAACACAUAGUUUGGAAGAAGCAAGUGCUUGGAGGCAUUCCUUUGAUAAACUGAUGGCAACACCUUCAGGUCGAAAUGCUUUCAGAGAAUUCCUUCGGACAGAAUACAGUGAAGAAAACAUGCUUUUCUGGUUGGCCUGUGAGGACUUAAAACAGGAAUCCAACAAGAGUGUAAUUGAGGAAAAAGUCAGGCGAAUAUAUGAAGAUUAUGUUUCUAUUCUUUCUCCAAGAGAGGUCAGUCUGGACUCCAGGGCAAGAGGAAUUAUUAACCGGAACAUAAUGGAACCAUCAAUACAUACUUUUGAUGAAGCACAAUUCCAAGUUUAUAUGUUGAUGCUCAGAGAUUCCUACCCUCGGUUUGUGAACUCUGCUAUUUACAAAGACUUAGUUGUGGCACAUUUUCAAACACCUGCUGAACCGUAG